AUGUCUUCUUCAAUUACAAUACCAGUGAGGAAAUUUAAUGGGGAAAAAGAGUCAGCAGUCAGCAGCGGCUCUACAUCGUUCUCAGAUUCAGGUUCGAGCUCGCCUCGAACAUUACCUUCACAAAAAUUAGGUCGAAAACCAGAAUGUUUCUCGACAUCAAAAUUCGGUCAUGAACGAAGACCUAGUCUGCUUAGUUCAUCUCUCUUGAAGCAAGAACACACAGUUAUAAAUAUUGGAGACCCGGGUGGAGUUCCUCGUCUGAUUACAUGUGUUCGGUACUCGCAGGGAUAUGAGUGGAAUCCAGAAAUAUUCUUACCUUCAUACGUUGAUUUCGAGUUCGAGUCGUUAGAACGAAAAAGAGAUCCUGUCCAUGAGAUACGUCUCAGUGAUGAAGAAACAAAGCAAAUGUUUCCUCAGUAA